GAACAUCUGUUAUCCAGCUGACGGCCACGGACGCUGACGACCCCACCUACGGAAACAGUGCCCGCGUGGUGUACAGCAUCCUGGAGGGCCAGCCCUACUUCUCCGUCGACGCCAAGACCGGCCUUGUGCGGGUGUCCCUGGCCGACAUGGACCGCGAGACCAGGGAGAACUACACGGUGGUCAUCCAGGCCAAGGACAUGGGGGGUCAGCUGGGAGGGCUGGCCGGCACCACCACCGUCAACAUCAGCCUGAGCGACGUCAACGACAACCCGCCCAUGUUCGACCAGAGACUCUACCAGAUGACCGUGCAGGAGUCGGCGCCGGUGGGCUCGGUGGUGGGCCGGAUCUGGGCCAAGGACCGGGACAUCGGGGUCAACGCGGAGAUGACCUACAGCAUUAUCGACGGCGACGGGCGGGAGACCUUCGACAUCAGAACCGACCCCACUAACCUGUUCGGCAUCAUCACCAUCAAGAAGCCUCUGGACUUCGAGAGCAAGCCCAGCUACACGCUGAAGGUGGAGGGGGCCAACAGCCAGCCGGACUCCGCCCAGCGCGCGCCCUUCAAGGACGUGACCAUCGUGCACGUGAGCGUGGAGGACGUCGACGAGCCGCCGCUCUUCGACUCCCCCUCCUACUACGUCGAGCUGGGCGAGGACGCCGAGGUCGGCACGGUGGUCCGCGUGGUCUCGGCCCGCGACCCGGACGCCGCCAACAACACCGUGAGGUACGACAUCGACUGGUCCAGCGAUCCACGGAAGCCCUUCUACAUCGACGUCACUUCCGGGUCUCUGAGGACGGUCCGCGCCCUCGACCGCGAGGAGUCCGUCUGGCACAACUUCACCGUUCUCGCCAUGGAGAUGAAUAACCCCGCCCAGACCUCCAGUGUCUCGGUGGCCGUGAAGGUGCUGGACGUCAACGACAAUCCCCCCGCGCUGUCGGACUACUUCGACACCCACGUGUGUGAGAACGCCAAGGCGGGCCAGCUCAUCCGGACAGUGACGGCCGUAGACCCGGACGAUCCCACUGGCGGACAGCGCUUCUACUACAGCCUGGCCCCAGAGGCCGCCAACAACCCCAACUUCACCCUCAGAGACAACCAAGACAACACGGCGUGGGUCCUGACCCGCCGCGGAGGGUGGGCCAAGCGGGAGCAGAGCGUCUUCUACCUGCCCGUCUUCAUCUCGGACGGCGAGCAGCCGGUCCAGACCAGCACGACCACCAUGACGGUGCGCGUGUGCAGCUGCGACCACAACGGGAACGCCAUGUCGUGCAGCGCCGAGGCCUAUAGCCUGCCCGCCAGCCUGAGCCGGGGUGCGCUCAUCGCCAUCCUGGCCUGCAUCUUCGUCCUCCUCGUGAUGAUCCUGCUGAUGCUGUCGCUGCGCACGCACCGCAAGAAGCCGUACCCGUGCGACGAGGAGGAGAACGUGCACGAGAACAUCGUGCGCUACGACGACGAGGGCGGCGGCGAGGAGGACACCGAGGCCUUCGACAUCGCCGCCAUGUGGAACCCGUGCGAGGCCCACCGCCACGCCAACGGCGGCCAGGGCAAGACGCGCCAGGACAUGCUGCCCGAGAUCGAGAGCCUGUCGCGCUACGUCCCGCAGGCGUGCGUGAUGGGCGUCGGCCUGGGCGUCGGCCUGGGCGUCAUCCCCGGCGGCGGCGGCGACGGCGACACCGGCGUCCACGGCUACGUGCUGGCGAAGCUGCUGGAGGCGGACGUGGACCCGUGCGCGCCGCCGUACGACUCGCUGCAGACGUACGCCUACGAGGGCGAGGGCUCCGUGGCCGAGUCGCUGAGCUCGCUGCAGUCGGCGGCGUCCAACAACGACCACGAGUACGACUACCUCAACGAGUGGGGGCCGCGCUUCAAGAAGCUGGCCGAGAUGUACGGCGUGCUGGAGGACGGGCACCCCCAGUCGCCCGUCUGGUAGUGGCAGACGGACGGACGGGCGGCCGACUGUGCUUUUUGGCAUCGAACGGGGAGAGAGACUGCGGCAGAGAGACUUAUUGAGAGAGAGAGAGCGUAACACGAGGACUCUGGAUGGAGGAGAAAGAAACUAAAGCAAAAAAUGUCAAAACGUCAACACGGACAAAGAGACCCCCGCUAACCCCAGAAGGUUGUGUUUGGCGUGGACCGGAGGGUCCACGCCAAACACAACCUUCUGGGGUUAGCGGGGGUCAGGGACGGAGUCGACAGAGCCACCGUAGCACUUGAGACUAACCGCCUUUUUUUACAAAGCCCUUGCCAUCGUUGAGGGAGGGCUGUUCAGAGAGAGAGAGAAAUGGGGACACAGGAGCUGGACCGCCUAGGAAGGAAGGAGGGAGGGAGGGAGGAUGGGAGAGAAAGAGGGAGGGGAGCGAGCAGGCAUCUAACACGCAGAUCCAAAGCACAGAUUACCUCCCAUGGCUCUGGUGGCGUGCCAGGGCCCAACGCCUUCUGAUUAGAAAGGGGAUUCGAUACGUUCAACUGCCAGCGGUGAUAAACUGAUAUAUGGGGGGGGCGGGGUCUGAGGGGAAGGGGGUGUGGUCUCAGUGAGGCUCUUAACCUAAAAAGGUUAUCAAGGACGUGGUUCAAGUUCAAGGCUGAGACUCCACUCUUUCUUGUUUAUUUUGUUUGCUUUUUGAAUCUAACUCGUAUGUUAAGAUGAACCGAAAGGAUGUUGAAAAUAUUAUUGGGAAGUCGAGAUUUUUUUUAUCUGGAGUUGUGUGCGUGCAGAUAAACUGUAAAUCUUCAUAUCGGUCCUUGCGUGGCAUUUUUUUAUUAAUUUAUUUUGUACGCUCUGUAUUUAUAUAUUUUUAUAACUUAUUUGGGGGGCGCUUAAACAGCCAACACUGUUUCUACUCGUCAUCAACUGCAUUUAUCUCGUGGCCGUUUUUAUCUGUUUCCUUUCAUGAAAAUCAUAUUUGUGAUGU